AUGCAACAACCUCAAGUUAAUAUUUCAAUUGAAGAAUAUGUUUCAUUUAGACUUGGAGAAAAAGAGUUGUCUACAAUAAGAAAUGAAAAUGAAAGAUUAAUAAAAGAAAAUGAAAAAAAGAAGGAGGAGCUUAAUGUGUUAAAAAAGUUACUUGAGAAUAAAAGAAUUAAAGUACAAAAUGCUUCGAGAGAAUACGCAAAAAUUAGAAGUAGUUAUGAAAUUAAUAAAGAAGUAUUAAAACAAAUUAAUAAAAAAAUUGGAAAAAGUACAAUAGAAACUGAACAAGUUCUUCCACCAGAACCAAAAGAAAUCAAAAUGGAAGAAAGUGAUGAAGAAACAAUUGAUGAACAUAUUAAUAAAUUCUCUAUGAUUGAAAGUGAAAGAGAUCCACUUGAAAUAACUGAAGAAGUAAUUGAUGAAGAUACAAUAGAUGAUAAAGAAGAAGGUGAUUCAAUAAAAAAGAUAAAGCUACGAUUUACUGUUCGUUAUGACUUAUUAUUAACUAUCUUUUGUGAUAAAUUAGAAAAAAGAGAAGACGUGAAAAUACUUAAAGGUUAUCCAUCAAUUAGAAGUAGUAUUUUAUUUACUGACUAUUGUAAAGCUAUUGGAGUUAAAUUCCCUUCUUGUAUUAGAAAUGAAAACCAAAAAAAAUGUUUUGUUAGAAUUAACGUUGGUAAUUUCAAUAAAUGUAUUACUAAAUUAGAAACUGCACGUAUUUCUGGCGGUUUUCAAAGAAACCUCCUUGUUAUUAAAGAUAGGUAUCCUCAUGUUCAAUAUGUUGCAGCAGGAAGAAUUGACAUAUAG